AUGGCGACUUCCAUGCGUCGAUGUGCCUCGUGGAUGAGCGUGGCGUCGUGGCUUCUGCUGGCCACCCCGAAGUCUCUGACAGUGCUCGUCCCGCCCCCCGGUGCAAGCUUGAGUCUGGCCAGCCGUGUGGGAAGAGUCGCCGGCAAGGCUGGACCAGAGUGCCCUGAGCUCUCCCGAAGGCGGCAAGUGGGUAAGGCCUGGAAGAUGCCGAGGGCCAGAUUCCGGUGGAGUUCUGGAGACGGUUGGCUCAGGGCCUUGUGCAUGCUCGAAGACCGCUAUGGUGACCGGUACGAUGUCAGCCGCAUGGACGAAGCCUGGUGGAAAGCCCACGUGAAGGGUGCUUUCUCGAAGCUGGAUGUGACGUGUCGCCACUGCGGCCAUCGCUCCCGCAGCAUGUGGGUGAACAACCUGCGGAAAGGCCAAUCUCCUGGCUGUUUCUGCAAUGGCGGCGUGCCUUGGUCCAGCCCGGCAGGGCGUGCUCGAUGUCUGGAGAUGAUCUGGGCGCGUUACGGUGGCCAGUACGAUGUCCGGCGCAUGGACGAGGCCUGGUGGAAAGCCCACGUGCAAGAUUGUAACUCGAAGCUGGAUGUGACGUGUCGCCACUGCGGCCAUCGCUCCCGCAGCACGUGGGUGCAAGGCCUGCAGCAAGGCACAGCUCCCGGCUGUUUCUGCAAUGGCGGCGUGCCUUGGUCCAGUCCGGCAGGGCGUGCUCGAUGUCUGGAGAUGAUCUGGGAGCGCUACGGUGGCCAGUACGAUGUCAGGCGCAUGGACGAGGCCUGGUGGAAAGCCCAUGUGAAGGAUCAGACGUCGAAGCUGGAUGUGACGUGUCGCUACUGCGGCCAUCGCUCCCGCCGCACGUCGGUGAGCAACCUGCAGAAAGGCCGAUCUCCUGGCUGUUUCUGCAAUGGCGGCGUGCCUUGGUCCAGCCCGGCAGGGCGUGCUCGAUGUCUGGAGAUUAUCUGGGAGCGCUAUGGUGGCCAGUACGAUGUCAGGCGCAUGGACGAAGCCUGGUGGAAAGCUCACGUGAAACGCGUUGACUCGAAGCUGGAUGUGACGUGUCGCCACUGCGGCCAUCGCUCCCGCAGCACGAAACUGAACAACCUGCAGCAAGGCCAAUCUCCUGGCUGUCUAUGUUCAAGAAAGACCGAAGGGAAGCUGAUGCGGUGGUUGGCCCAGAACUUCUCGCAGUUUGACGUCACCUCGCAGGUCAGGGGCUGCACGAGCCCGGCGUCGAAUCGCACUUUGCCUUUCGACUUUGGCCUCAACAACGACACCAUUCUCAUCGAGCUGGAUGGCAACAUUGGGCAUUUUGGGCUCGGGUGGGGUGGAUCUGAAGAUGAUGGAGGCGUGCCGCAAAGAGACCACUUCAAGGAGCAGUGGGCGCUGCGGAAUGGCAGGACUGUGGUUCGGCUGCUUCAAGAAGACGUGCAUAGCGACUCUUGGGACUGGAAAUCCUUCGUAACAUCCACGAUUCAGCAUUCAAUUCGGAAUUCGAGGGCCUGUGUACUCACGCAGGAUGCAGUAGAAUACAAGAGCGGCAUCUACAGCCAGCUCCGUGGUGGCUUGCAUUGCCAAGUCGGCCACUUCCGAACGAGCCGCGGCGAUCGGAUCCCAUACUUGGCAUAUGCAGCUGAAGCCUGGCUCUCCUAUGCGGCGCUCCGCUACGCGCGCGCCGGGGUGCCGAGCUGGGCCGAGGCGCCCCUCCGCGACUUCCUGGAGCGGGGAGCCGGCCAGACCUCCGCGCAAGUUGCCGACCAGUCCGACACCAUCCCUGUGAUGGUGCCUGCCGGCGUUGUUGCUGGACAGCCUCUGACCGUGACACAGCCAGAUGGAUCCAACUUCGUCAUCACAGUGCCCGAGGGCGCUUUGCCAGGAACAGUUCUGCAGGUCCGGCGGCCGGCAGUCAGCACCCCGCCACCGCCUUCAGCAUCGCAACCCCCGCCGUCCGCUGACGCGGCCGGCAGUCAGCAGAAGAUCAUGCUCAACAUCAGCGUGCCAGCCGGUGUGCAGCCCGGGCAACUUCUGGGUGUCAAGGUUCCCGAUGGACGAGAGCUGACGGUAGAGGUUCCCUCCGGGGCAGGACGAGAGCUGCAGUUGGAGUUCGACCCCCAGGCGGGUCGCCUCACUGUGGUGCCCACGGCGUCCCCCAAACAUCUGGCGGAUCCGGACAACAGUGCGGAGGCGGAGGUGUUCAGCGUGCCCGUGCCACCUGAUGGCCGGCCGGGGCAGCUCAUCCACGUCCAGGUGCCGGAUGGCCGAAAGCUGCCCAUCACACUGCCGGAAGGCAAGAAGCCAGGAGAUCAGUUCUUGGUCAGGCUCAACUCAGGCGGUGGCCACUUAACUCUCUCAGAGUAG